AUGCCGAGACUUACUUCUAUAGGGCGCUUGAUCUGCGUUAUCUCGUCUAGGCAACUUAUUGUUUUACAAAUUCCACCACUUACGCAGAAUACACUGUCAUUAACAGUGGCUGCCAAAGGAAGACAAUUAAAACAAUCAAGUACUGUUUUCCACAGACCAGAAGUAUAUCGCGCAGCACAAAGAGACUUGAAGCCAAGUUUACGGCUCUCGUGCUUGGACUCGUUUUUACCGCGGAGAAGAAAAAAGUUCUUUGGGAAUUUAAUCUUCAAGGCAAAUAAGAGACACAACGUUUCUAUACUCAGAUCUGUAUUGCCAAUAUAG